AUGAUAUAUUCAUCAUGAAUUUUAUUUUUUUUCUGAUUUAGUUGCUUCUUUUUCUUUACUGUUUUUGGUUUUUGUGUUUUCACAGACAUGGAGAACAACAGCUUUUGGCGUUUAUGGCUACCUUAAUUUCACCAAAAACGGUUUCCUGGAACACUCCAAAAAUUUCAAAGAAAAAGAAAUGCAGGUGAAAAUUGAUCGAAAGAAUUGCAUUGUUACUGGAGCUAAUUCUGGCAUUGGUUAUGCUGCUGCCGAGGGCCUUGCUUCAUGUGGGGCAACUGUCUAUUUGAUAUGCCGGAACAAAGAGAGGGGAGAAGCCGCUCUAUCUAAAAUUCAGUCUGCAACGGGAAAUACAAAUGUGCAUUUGGAGGUAUUAGAUCUCUCAUCCCAAAGCGAGAUAAAGUCUUUUGUAUCCAGAUUUGCUUCUAAGGAUAUCCCAGUUCAUGUUCUGGUUAAUAAUGCUGGCCUCCUUGAAACUAAACGGGUCACCACGUCCGAGGGAUUUGAGAUGAAUUUUGCUGUAAAUGUUUUAGGAACUUAUACUAUGACAGAGUUAAUGUUGCCCUUGCUGGAAAAAGCGGCACCUGAUGCUAAAGUCAUCACUGUUUCUUCAGGUGGAAUGUACACAGUUCCUUUAACCACAGAUCUGCAGUAUAGUGAUGAAAAAUUUGAUGGGGUAGUGCAAUAUGCUCGAAACAAGCGAGUUCAGGUGGCACUUACAGAAAAGUGGGCUGAAAUGUACACGAACAAAGGAAUUGGAUUCUAUUCUAUGCACCCAGGUUGGGCCGAGACACCUGGAAUAGCUAAGAGCUUACCUGGUUUCAAUAAAUCGUUUUCGGGAAAGCUUAGGACGAGUGCAGAAGGUGCAGAUACAAUUAUCUGGUUGGCAUUGCAGCCAAAAGAAAAUUUGGUACCUGGUGCAUUGUAUUUUGACAGAGCUGAAGCUCCUAAGCACUUGAAGCUUGCAGCUACAGCUCAGUCUCAUGCAGUAAUUGACUCAAUUAUUGACAAUCUGCGCUCUAUGGCUGCACUUCCUCAAUAAAAAUAUAAAAUAAGCCCUUCGGAUUUGAUUCUUCUGUUUACAGUUUCGACAUUUUACUUCUUUGGUCUCAGAUAUUAUGUUUCAGAUUUGAACAAGGAUGUUGUAAUAGCAAAAAAAAAAAAAAAAUUAUGUUCUACAAAGAAUG